UCUCUAAACCUCCCCUCCGCCCUUCAUAUGCAAAUGAAAUCACCGCCCACUAUAAAUACACCUAUCUUACCAUCCUCUCUUGCACUGUCACAAAGAACAGACACACUUUGGGAUUGCUCCUACUUUCCAACCUCUGUCCCAGGAUGACUGCAGUUCUCUGCCCUCGGUUCAUCCCAAGAAAAUCCACCCCUUUGGCCUCCCUACUGUUUCUCCUUCUGCUUGGUGGGCCUAGCAGCACAAUAGCGCUUGGUGCUGGUAGAGUGAAGGGAGGACUGGAGGGCCGAGCGAGGGCAGAGGGUAGAGUUAGAUCUGGACUAAAGGAAAGAGCAGGUACAGAGGGAAACAGUGAAACUGGAUUCGGAGAUAUUCCUGUUUCUAGACCAGGAGCAGCAGCGGAAGAGGAUGGUGAGGCAUGGGGGGACCCUGACACAACUACUGGCUUCAGGUCCAUGUUUUCUAUCGGUGAAGGUGGGCUGUGGGAGCCCCGUCGUUCCUCUCGCUGUGUCCCUAUCCCGUCAGGCAUGGCUUUGUGCCAAAACAUUGGUUAUGACACCAUGAGGAUGCCAAACCUGCUGGGCCACGAGUCUCCAGCUGAGGCUGUUCAACAGAGUGCCAGCUGGUUGCCACUACUUGCCAGGGAGUGCCACCCUGAUGCCCGCAUCUUCCUCUGCUCUCUCUUUGCUCCCAUCUGCCUUGACAGGUUCAUAUCACCCUGCAGGAGUCUGUGCGAAUCUGUUCGGGACAGCUGUGCACCAAUCAUGAGUUGUUAUGGCUACCCGUGGCCAGAAAUUCUACGCUGUGAUCAGUAUCCUGCAGACCAUCUCAUGUGUAUCUCCUCCGUCAACAACAGCACUGUUAACACAGGCGGGCGUAGAGUGCCUCAGGCAAGCUGUCGGGAUUGCGAGCUGGAGGAGGCCUCCUCUUCAAAAGAUGCACUGGAGACAUUUUGUAGGAGUGAUUUUGUUGUGAAACUCCGUCUAACACGGCUCAAGUAUAGUCCAGUAAGCCUAUCUCAGUUCUCGCUAGCUGCCAAACUGGACGUUUUCAAGCAUGGACCCCUGUUGGGUGGGCAGAUCCGCUCCCGCAUUGAACUGUGGCUGGAAAGAGAUGCCACCUGUGUAAGGAACAUGACACGACAACACCCACGCGGCGGGACCUUCCUUGUAACAGGCACAGUGCAGGGGGACCGCCUGGUGGUCAAUAAGGCUUACGCCUGGAAAAGACGAGACAAGAACCUGAUGGCAGCUGCGCGCAAAUGGAAACAACACAGAUGCAGGAGCUAGGAUUCUGUGCCAAGUUAGAAAUUUCAAGAAGAACUGAAAUGUGAUUCAAGCAUUUAACGGCUAUGCAUAGGAAAAUGAUAGACACUGCAUUUAGAAUUUGCCUUUAUGUAUUUAUGCUUGGUCUACUCAAAUCAAACCUCUGUUUUUGUCACAAAGAAGCUCCUAAAAAAACAACACUGUGUCUCUCAGGCAGAGGAGGGCAAAGAACUUUUAAUAGAAAAUGUACAUAUCUAUGAAUUUUAAGUAAAUAUCCCUGAUCUAUAUUUGUACGGCUUUGAGAGGUAUUAAACGUUGUCUUGUAAAAACCUGAUGAUUGAAGUUUAUUCAUCAACAGCAGAUCACGGUGC